UACCAACACUGGCAGACUUUCUUGAAUUAGGUUGAGUGCAACUGAGAUGUAUACUGUAUAGGGAAGUAGCUGUCAUUAUAAACAUGCAUGUUGCAUUUAAAAUGUUGUAUCAGUUUUGAAUUUAUAAUAAGCAGUCUUCUUAAUUUAUAAGCAAAUUGGCAAUUCAGCAAUUGAGCAAUUGUCCUUUAGUGACAAUCAGAGAGUUGUGGUUUGUCUGCAAGAAAAUUAGUCAGUAGCAGAAAACUAAACUCGUAAAAAAGAAGUCAAGGCUGAGACAGGCAAGUAUUUAUAAACUAUGGUGUCCCGGAGCAACAGAAGUGGCCGUCAGUCUUCGUGUUUAUUAAAAUGCACCAAAAGGGCUUUCAUAUAUUAAUGAGUUCAGGGUGAUAAGUCGGGCUGUUGCUGUAUAUAGCUGAUGGAUGUACAUUUUGAACCCGAUACUUGGUGCAUUGUAAGUAGACACUUAACCAUCGCAGCAACACACCUUAGUUGCUGUUCUGUUUUCAUCUCAUUCCCUGCUUUUGUGCAGCACCUGGGGUUUUACAGAUCUCCGCUUUAAUAGCUAGACUAGAGUGUACUACUGCAUAGAGAAAGUAUAGACUGGCAUGUCAUCUGCAUUAACGCUAGUCCAUGGUAUCCUAGAGCAUUAAACCAGUACAUGAAGAGGGCCCAUCUACCAUUUUCUUUGCUCUAAUUCCUUUACUGAAGUACUGAAAUUUUGCGAAGCAACUACAGGAUUAAGAAAGAGGGCCAUGGGAUCAAUUCGAUGCAUUUUUAUCCAUGCUGCUGGGGCUGAUAAUUUCUUGAUGUUCUUUGGCUUAAUUGGAGCCAUUGGUGAUGGUAUCUUCAUGCCUGUCCUGAUUUAUACAACUAGCAAGCUCAUGAAUGCUAUUGGGGAUACAUCUGCAGGAAUUGAUUCUCAGUUCAUCCGCAGCAUCAACAAGAAUGCACUAGCUUUGUGCUACUUAGCUUGUGGCCAGUUGUUUGCUUGUUUCCUUGAGGGGUACUGCUGGACGAGAACUGCGGAAAGACAAGCUUCAAGAUUAAGAGCAAGAUAUUUGAAAGCAGUACUAAGGCAAGAUGUCGGUUACUUUGAUUUGCAUGUGACAAGCAUCGCGGAAGUAAUCACUAGCGUUUCUAGUGACAGCCUCAUUAUUCAAGAUGUUAUCAGUGAAAAGGUCCCCUUGGUUGUGAUGAAUGUGGCUGCAUUUUUCGGUGCCUAUUUGGUGGGAUUCUUGAUGUUGUGGAGACUAGCUAUUGUUGGGUUGCCGUUGGUGGUAAUAUUGGUUGUUCCAGGAUUGAUUUGUGGGAGAAAUCUAAUGGGAAUUGCAAGAGAUAUGCGAGAUGAGUAUAACAAAGCAGGUACAAUAGUGGAAAAAGCAAUCUCAUCAAUAAGAACAGUUUAUUCAUUUGUUGGAGAGAAUAAAACCACGAUAGAGUACUCUGCUGCACUGCAAGGAACAGUAGAUUUGGGAAUUAAACAGGGAUUAGCAAAAGGUUUGGCUAUUGGAAGUAAUGGCCUUGUGUUUGCUAUCUGGGCCUUCAUGUCUUACUAUGGUAGCAGAAUGGUGAUGUACCAUGGUGCCCAUGGUGGAACUGUUUUUGCUGUUGGUGCUGCCAACGCUUUAGGUGGAUUGUCACUUGGUACUGCUUUAUCGAAUGUGAAAUACUUCUCUGAAGCCAUUGCUGCUGGAGAACGAAUAAUGGAAAUGAUAAACAGAAUCCCUGUGAUUGAUUCAGAGAACAAGGAAGGUGAUAUUCUAGCAAAUGUAUUGGGGGAGGUGGAAUUCAAACACAUUGAAUUCGCAUACCCUUCAAGACCAGAAACUACAAUAUUCAAAGACUUGAACCUCAAGAUUCCUGCUGGGAAGGCAGUGGCAUUGGUCGGUGGGAGCGGCUCUGGGAAGUCAACAGUAAUAGCAUUGUUGCAGAGAUUUUAUGAUCCAGUAGGGGGAGAAAUAAUGGUGGAUGGAGUAGGCAUAGAGAAGCUGCAGUUGAAAUGGCUGAGGUCACAAAUGGGCUUGGUGAGUCAAGAGCCAGCAUUAUUUGCAACAACAAUAAAAGAGAACAUACUUUUUGGCAAAGAAUAUGGAAGUAUGGAGGAGGUUAUAGGAGCGGCCAGAGCUGCAAAUGCUCAUAACUUCAUUAGUCAGUUGCCUCAGGGUUAUGAUACCCAGGUGGGGGAAAGAGGCGUUCAAAUGUCAGGAGGACAAAAGCAGAGAAUAGCAAUAGCUCGAGCAAUUAUCAAAGUACCUCGCAUCCUCCUCCUAGACGAGGCUACCAGCGCUUUGGACUCUGAGUCUGAACGUGUUGUACAAGAAGCACUUGACCAGGCCUCUGUUGGCCGGACCACCAUCAUCAUUGCCCACCGUCUCUCAACCAUCCAACAUGCUGACCUCAUUGCCGUUAUUCAAGAUAGCAAAAUCACAGAGACUGGCUCACACCAUGAUCUCAUUGAAGAUACAGACAGCCUGUACUCAACUUUAGUCCACCUCCAACGUUCCCAAAAAAAUAACGUGAUGUUGUCUACUGGUACCAACAAUACUAAUUAUAACGGUGCUUCAAAAUCUAAGACUGACAUCAAUAGUACAAGUUCUCGAAGAUUUUCAAGGAUUAGUCGAUCAAGCCCUGCCAACCAAGGAGAUGGUGAGCAUGUCAAUAUUGAGCAUAAAAAUACUAAUCAGCAAACUUUGUUAGUACCAUCAUUUAAAAGACUUCUGGAAAUGAAUCUUCCUGAAUGGAGGCAAGCUGUAUUAGGGAGUGCUGGGGCAAUCUUAUUUGGUGCCAUUCAGCCAAUUUAUUCUUUCACUAUGGGUUCUAUGGUAUCAGUGUAUUUUCUGUCGGACCAUGCCAAAAUCAAGGAGAAAACUAGGAUUUACGCUCUCUGUUUUGUUGGUUUGGCACUGUUCUCUUUUAUCGUCAAUGUAAUUCAGCACUAUAACUUCGCGGCUAUGGGUGAGCUCCUGACAAAGAGGAUCAGAGAAAGAAUGUUGUCCAAAUUACUCACUUUUGAGAUUGGUUGGUUUGAUCAAGAUGAGAAUUCCAGUGGUGCUGUUUGUUCCAGGCUCUCCAAAGACGCUAAUGUGGUGAGAUCUUUAGUGGGUGAUCGCAUGGCCCUUGUAGUUCAGACACUAUCAGCAGUGACAAUAGCCUUCACCAUGGGCCUAAUUAUUGCUUGGAAGCUUGCUAUUGUAAUAAUCGCCAUCCAGCCCCUUAUCAUUGGUUGCUACUACUACAAAUGUAUUUUGCUUAAAAAUAUGUCUGCAAAGGCUAUCAAGUCACAAGACGAGACUAGCAAGCUGGCAGCAGAAGCUGUUUCAAAUCUCAAAACAGUCACAGCCUUUUCAUCCCAGGACCGAAUACUCAAAAUGCUCGAACAAGCCCAAGAAGGCCCACAUUGUGAAAAUGCUAGACAAUCAAGGUAUGCAGGUAUCGGUCUAGGAAUUUCCCAGAGUCUCAUGGCAUGCACUUGGGCAUUGAACUACUGGUAUGGCGGCAAACUCCUUUCUGAUGGUCUGAUCAAUUCCAAGGCUUUCUUUGAGACCUUUAUGAUCCUGGUAAGUACAGGUCGGGUAAUUGCUAAUGCCGGAACCAUGACUAGUGACAUUGCCAAAGGUUCUGAUGCUGUUGGAUCAGUUUUUGCUGUCCUGGACCGAAUCACGCUCAUUAACCCCGAAGACCCUGAUGGCCAUAAGCCUGAGAAAAUAAAGGGCCACCUUGAGCUCCAGGAUGUUCACUUCACAUAUCCCCUGCGGCCAGAUGUGCCAAUUUUUGCAGGUUUCACAAUCAAGAUUGAAGCAGGGAAAUCAACAGCAUUAGUGGGGCAAAGCGGCUCUGGCAAGUCAACCAUAAUUGGGCUGAUCCAGAGAUUCUACGACCCUCUUAAAGGUUCAGUAAAAAUAGAUGGAAAAGAUAUAAGAUCGUUUCACCUCAGAUCACUGAGGAAACACAUUGCACUUGUCAGUCAAGAACCUACAUUGUUUGCUGGAACAAUACGCGAAAACAUCACCUACGGAGCAUCUGAUGCAACCAACGAAUCAGAAAUCAUCGAGGCAGCCAAGGCAGCAAAUGCUCAUGAUUUCAUCACUGGUCUAAAAGAUGGAUAUGAUACAGGGUGUGGCGACAGAGGAUUACAACUCUCUGGUGGUCAAAAGCAACGCAUUGCAAUCGCCCGAGCAAUCCUGAAAAGUCCAGCUGUGUUACUGUUAGAUGAAGCUACAAGUGCUCUUGAUAGUCAAACCGAGAAAGUGGUGCAAGAUGCACUAGAGCAUCUUAUGGUGGGAAGGACUAGUGUGGUGGUGGCACAUAGAUUAAGUACAAUACAAAACUGUGACACAAUUGCAGUGCUUGACAAAGGAAAGGUUGUUGAAAAUGGAACUCACUCGGCCUUGCUAGCAAAGGGAUCCGCUGGGGCCUAUUACGCUUUGGUUAACCUUCAAAGAUUAAGGGACACCAACGGCUAAGAGCAAGUCCAAACAGGUUACCUAUACGAUGUCCUAAACUCACAUUUAGGUCAUGUGUAAAAAAAAUGCACUCCAACACUAUCACUAGCACAACCUUAAUUCUCCAAGCCAUUACCUAUUUAUAAGUAACCCGAGGCAUUACCUAUUUAAUAUUUAUGAAUAAAAUAAUCAUCCCUCUUCUUCUUUCUUUGUCUAUUCUCUCCUUUUACCCCUCUCUCUCAAAUUUAUUAUUAAAAUAAUAUUAGGAGAACAAAUAUAGAGAUUACUAUUGGAGUUGACACUAAAAAUAGAUUACUUAAAUCACUAAA